UAAAAAUAAAAUUCCUUUUAGCAUUAAAAAUAAUAAGAGAAACAAUUUGUAUGUACAUCUUGAAUUGAAAACAGUACGAUGCAAGUUUAAAAAAGAAAUGGACAGUAUAAUGAGGAUCUGAACGGUCUUGAAGAGUCUUUGAACGUCAAGUAAAUUGUGAUUUUCAAUUUCUAUAAAUGAUGAAACUGUUCAAUGGUAACUGAAAUGUAUUAAUUCUAAAAUGGACUGUGUUUAUAGACAGGGCAGGCUGUAAAGAAGUUCAAACCGUUUUUAUAUCUUUAUUAAGGGUGUUAAUUAUUACAAAAUUCUUCUGUUAGAAAAUACAGCUUUCUUACAUAAAAUCUCACACAUUCAACUUUUAAUAGCAGUGGAGUUGAGAAGUGUCGUGAUAUGUAAAAAAAAUGUCAGCCAAAUGGUAGGUGAAUGCUGCAAAAUACUUGAACAACAGUGUAUAUUGUGAAAGGUGGACAUGGGCGGUGGUCCGUGACAGUUGCCAGUCUUUACAUAUACUAUACAUGUGCAUAUGUAUACAGGGUGGUCCAUUUAUCUUAAGAUAGAUUAACAUCUUGUAAACAACACAUUUUUUAAGACAAUGUUUCGAAUAAAAGUUGUCGGAUUUCGAGUCAUUCGAUGAUUGCAUUACACUUUUGGUAGUGGAGGCCUGUACAUUAUAUAAAAUACAAUUUGAUUCUUUAAAAUGGGAAUCCUUACUUUUUAGUAUUGCUUUGUAUCUUCAGAAGAGAUGUGCGCAACAAUUUGUCACAACCAUUUUUUUGUUAGUUAUUAACAUCGCAAAAUAAAUCGUUAAAUAGUUAGAAGUGUUGUAUAAAAAUGAUAAUAGAUUCCUUAUCUUGUAUUUUCUAUGCCGAAAAUUCAUCAUCCUGUGAUUUCACUCCUUGACUCAUAUCAGCAGAGAACAGGGAUCUUGGAAUUUAUCCCUCGGCCAAAAAGUGGAGACGACGCGACCAUGGUGGGGACUAGUACUUGAUGGCGGUAUGCUAGGCAUGGUCAACGAAGGCGCAUGGGAAGAAUGGUAAUGGGGAUCGAAAUAUGGGCGAAAAAGAGGGGAAGCGAGCCGUGCGGGAUAAAUUCUGAGAUCCCUGGCAGAGAGUCCUCUCUGAUAUCAGUACACUAUCUUCGAACUCUGUCCUAGUAUUGGAGUUGUACCUAGCGUUGAAUAAGAUUAAGCGAAAAAUAGCAAAAGUAUAUAUGAUAGAUAAAUCCAAAGAAAAAGUCGAGAAGGAGGAAAGAAGAAAUUCAGAAGAGAAUAGGAAAAUAAUUAGAGGGAAAAUACACUGAGGAAGAGACGAAACAUAGUAAGGAGAAAAAGAAAGGUAAAAAUGGAUAAAAGGAAUUACUUUUCCACGGAGAAGCUGAUGGCAGAGGUCGAGGAAAUCCCCUCAAAAAAACAACAAAAGGAAACGAUGCUAGAGAGGAUGAUUGAGGACGAGAGAAAGAAGAUAAAGGAAAUGGUGAAGGAUGUGGUAGAACUAACGAUAAUGGAAGUGAUGGGCGGGAUAAAAGAAGAGAUUAGAAGAAGAAUGGAAUUAGAAUGGGAAAUCCUAUGGAAAAAGAAGAUACUGAACGAAUCAGAGCAAAAGAGAAAAGAGGAAGAAAGAGAAAGGUUGGUGAAAGAGAAAAGAGAAGAAAAGGGUCCAGUCAUGUGUAAGAGUUGGAAAGAUAGAGAAGAAUCAAAUCAGAGAAAAGAAGCGAACAAAAGCCAAGGGAGAAGGGGGUUAUGGAAGAAUGAGCCAAGAUGGAUUGAUAUGGAGAAAGAGAAACAAAAUAGAAGAAAGAAGGUGAAAGUUAUAAUAGACAAGGAGAUGUGGGACGUAGAAGAAAACGAAGAUGAAGAAGAAAUUAAAGCGUUGUUCAAUGAGACAUUAAGUGCAGGGGAGUGGAUAAAGGGGACAAAAAGACUGAAAGUAAAAGACGGAAAAAUUAUACUGAUAGUGGAACUAAGGAGUGAAGGUGAUGUAGAGGAAGUAUUGAGAAGGAAGAGGAUAAUAGGAAAGAAAUCAAGGAUAGUAAUACAAAAAGAUAUCUGGUAUCAAGCAUAAGUUAUUACUUCCUACAGUUUAUAUAAAUUUAUUAGUCAUAUAAGCCUAUUUUGUACGUUACAAAUUUUCCAUAUAUUUUAUUUUAUAUGUCUGCUUUUCUGUUGUUAAAAGUCAGAAAAAUAGCGAGAAAGCAUUUUGUUUGUUUUGGUUUUUAUAAAGGAAAUGGCUGUUUUUUUAGUUGAGAAUUAAAGUGAGUUAUGCAAAAAAAAA